AUGACCAUAAACUUCCGCGAUCUUGCAGCACUUUUACAGGAGCUCGAGGACAUCAAAGACCCGCGAGCCACAGCGGCCAGCAGCGCCAAGCCCGCGCGUGGCAUCAUCGAAGAAUGGUUUGCUCAACACGAGAGCGACAUCCUACGUCAUGGCGAGUCAGCAGUCGCUCUCCUAUCGAGCCUGCUGCCCGAAAGACUACCUCAUCGAGUCUACGAUCUCCGCGAGAACAGACUCGCCAAGAUCUUUGGCCGGGCGCUUGGCCUUGGCGGCCAUCGUAUGAGACGUCUAACAGAUUGGCAGACCCAGGUUGGCCCUGGCAUGGACUUCGCUCAGCAUGUCGAGUCCAUCAUGGCGGAAGCCGAGGCUUCUUCGAACAAGACAUUCACCCUGGACGAAGUAGACGCCGCCCUGGUACAGGUUGCCGCCAACUCGAAGUAUGCUGGUCCAAAGAUGAAGCUAAGGAGGGACGUUGUCGCUCAGCCCCAUGAGCUACUUGGCCCAAUCAUCACUUCUCUGCGCAGCCAUGAGGCGAAGUGGCUCAUCAGGCUAAUCCUGAAAGAUCUCCGCACCGUCCAGAUGCCCGAGACGGCCGUACUGGCCCAAGUUCACUUCCUGCUGCCCGAUAUGCUAGCUGCGCAAAAUGAUCUGGAGGCUGCGGUAGAAAUGCUUGCACACGAAGGCUUCCGAGGCUUUCCAUCGCGGCCAGAUAUCACCAAGAUCAGAACCCUCCGAUCUGUGGCCGCGACAAGAUUCAAGCCCCAGGCGGGCGUCAUGCUGACUCGGCAACCCUACGACAAGGCUCGGAGCGUAAAGCACUGUGUCAAUAUGACCAACAAACAGUGCAUGAGCGUCGAACGGAAGUAUGAUGGCGAAUAUUGCCAGAUUCACAUCACACGUGAGUCGAGCCAGGACCGGAUCCAGAUCUUUUCGAAGAGUGGAAAGGAUUCGACACUGGACAGAGAAGCGCUGCAUCCUGCAAUCAGGAAAGCAUUGCGCUUUGACUCGGCGCAGUGCAGGAUCCGCCACAGGUGUAUACUCGAAGGCGAGCUGCUGAUCUGGAACAGUAGUAAGAAAGCCUUUGAACCGUUCCACAAGAUCAGGCGCUAUGUCAAGCAUGGUGGCAAGUUCCUUGGGGCCGAGAAGGAUAGCCCACGAAAAGCUGACGAGGCCGUUAUGAUCGUAUUCUACGAUAUUCUUCUGCUUGACAAUCAAGUCCUUGCGACCAAACCUCACGAGAAGCGACGCAGCUGCCUCAAAGAUGUUGUCGCACGGAUCCCAGGAGUGAGCGAAAUCUGCUGGAGAGAGCUGGUCGAUUUUGGGAAGACCAGACAGGCAGUCCUGAAGUUGCAAAAUCUCUUCGCGCGAUCGAUUCAGUGCGGCUGGGAAGGAUUUGUGCUCAAGAGGAGCGAUGAUCCCUACUAUAAUUGGACCAAGCCCCCGAGGGGCAUCAAGCUGAAACGCGACUAUCUGCAGCAACUGGGCGACUCUGCCGAUCUGUGCAUAAUCGGGGCCAGGACAGACAGUCGGGUAGCAGCUUCGGAGGGUUGGAACGUGUUUUAUAUCGCCUGCUUGGAGGACAAAGACGCCGUCGAGCGAUUUGGCGACAAGCCUUCUUUCCGAAUUAUUGACACGGUGUCCGCUGGCUCCCAUUGCAUCCCGCCGACUGAGCUCGAAGACCUCAAGCGCAUCGGUCGACUUCGUCAGGAGGGCCACGACACGCACACGGCGUACCAAAUGCAGGACAUGACCGCCUCUGCCCCACCUACAGUCAUCUUCAAGCCGGCAUUUGUGGUCGAAUGUCUCGGCUCUGGCUAUGACCGCAACAGUGGCUGCAACUUCUGGACAUUGAGAUUCCCUCGAAUCACUAAGGUCCACUAUGAUCGUGCGGUAACCGAGACCAUCAGCUUUGCGGACCUCCAGGAAGCUGCUAAAAAGCCUCUGCAAGAAGACGUGGAUGAUACGGCUUACCAAGACAUCAUCAAAAAGCUUGUAGCAGCUGAUGGCAAGGUUCCAGCAGGGCAAACAGGUAGCACACAGAGCACGUCCCCGGCAAAGACACCUCGAAGCAUAGCUACAGCAAGUAUCUCGCCACUAGAAAGGCGGAAGCUCAAGAUGCCGCCACCUCUUAUUAGGGUUGAUACUGCCGAGCUUAAUGCCGUGGAAAGGAGGUCGAGAAAUGCGGCCAGCCAAACCACAGAGUCGACGCUGACGCCAUCAACCAUAGGCUCAAACCGCGUUGCAAUACGCUCGGCGUCUUUGCCUGCUGCCAGCUCUCGUCGCCAACAGGCAUUACAUGAGUCUGCAGAGAUCGUCCCGCCACCUUCGCCCACUCCGGUGGCUACCGCAGCUCAGCGCAAGCGUAAGGCGGCGGAGGAGCUUUGCGGGCCACAUCAGCCAAAGGCAGCCAAGCUGCCUUACUCACUCAUUCAUGACACGCCUCGACCGCGCGUAGAGGUCGACCUCACACAGCCAAGUCCAUCAUCUGAGGUGACAGCGGCGGUACAAGCAGUUCUAUCAGACCCAGCAGCGCGAGGGACAGCAUCUGUAGCACGUCGGCGAACAACUCGCAGACCCAGGGGUUUGACCAAAACGCCGCCCUGGUGUGCCGAAGAGCAGUGUCAAGGCUCUCGUAUCCUGGCAGAGCUACCAAGGAGAAGCCCCAGUCAAAGGAUGCCUGCCAUUCAGUCAGUCGAGGUUGAAGGCGACCAGCAUGAGGGCAAAACAAAAAGGAAAAGCGUGACGGAGUCGAUCCAAGAGCACCCAAAAGAAGCAGAUCCUGACACUGUCGAAGAUUGGGCGGCUUCCUUGCUUACGCCACCGCCCACCGAGGAGGCCGCCCUGCAGAAACGUGCCGCUGAUGCACUUCCAGCGAGUAGCAGGGCGGCCAUAUUGCUCUCACGCACACUCAAGCUGCCGUAUGGUGAUCCCAUUGCUGCUAAUACAGUCUCUCGGCGCUUUGAUCGUCGCCUGGCGGCCUCUGGGCUGCCCUUUGCUUAUGAAAAGGACGCGUUCUUGCGUUCCAGGUUGUUGAACGGCACAGAUUCCGAUACUUGUGUCAUUGUGGACUCCUCAUGUCACAAAGACGUCGCAGAGGAGAUUUGGGAGUUGGGUAUGGCUGCUGUGAAGCUGCUAGAGGAGGAUGCCGGGAGGAGAGGUCAGAUGAGGAUUAAGGUGUACGAUUGGCGCGUUCUGGCUGCUUUGGAGGCCUCCUCGUGCCUGAAAGCGCAUUUCAUAUGUCAAAUCGAGCGCACUCCUGAACCAGAUUUUGAGCCAGAACACUGCGCCAAAAUGUCGGACCAAGAGAACGAGAGCAGCGACGACGAACUAGAAAUCAUAACAGAAGAAGAUCCCGCUCCCGCCUCCGCCUCCGCUCCGCCUGCGCCACCACCACAGAAUCCUCCUGCAGCGCCCUCCCAACCAACUUCUGCUGCCAUGACCGCCGCCAACAACGAUGCCGCCGCGCAGAACCGCAACAAAGCGCAACAGAAGGAAAUCGAGACGCUAAAGGGACCAGGCAAAAUGAAAGGGCAAUUCACGAUGCAAUUUGCAGCUGGAGAGCGUUGGGAAGGGCUUCGGCCCUAUUUCAACGUCGAAAUCGAGAGAGCCGCGAACGAUUGUGCGACUCUGCCCAAGCUGUUUCUGUUUCUGGAGGCCGCUAGCAAAAACAAAUACCAAGAAUGUAUCGCGCCGCACAGUUUUGGGCGUGAUAGCCACCUAUUUACGUGCACCAAGAUACAGCUGCGGUGUCUCGACGAGCUCAGCACCUUCCUCGACGCGCCAGACGAGAAGCAGUACAUGGAAUGGCUGCUUUCUGAGACCAUGAAGGGCUCCCGAGACUUUUUCGCGCGUGUGGACGUCAAUAUCACGCAGAAGUGGGAGGUGAUGGAGAAGUGGAAGGAGCAGGGGUUGUGGGUGCGCUCGUUGGCCUGUGUGCGAUGGUUCGGCCUGAACGGCGUUGAGGAGGGCUCCGACGACGUUCAUAUGUGUGGCUUUUAG